UGUUUAAAAUUGUGUGUGAUUUUAGAAGCGGAAUAAAAUAUUUGUGUUGUUAAAAUUAUAAUUUAAUUUUUGUUCUUUAGUUUGACCUCCCCCUUUCUUUAAUUUUUUUGUUGGUUUUGGAUUUGUUUGUGCAAAAUAUUCAAACAUAUACACACAUACCACCCGCAUGUGGUAGAUACAAAAUAUACAUAUAAAAAUAACAACAAAUACCUAUAAACAAGAUUUUGCGUGUGAACAAAAAAAAAAAGAAUAGUAAAAGCAACAACAGUGCAAAAGUGGCUGUAUAUUAUACAGUGUAUAAGUAAAUAUGUACAACAAAUGAAAAUCAAAAGUAAUUAAUUAAACAAAAGUGCUUAGAAGUGCAAAAGAAAUAAAUAAAUUUACAUUAAAUCAUUGAAGUAGCGCAAAAAAAUUAUAAAGAAAAUAAUAAAAAGAGCGAAAACAGAAGAAGGAGCUUUAUUAAGAAAAGAAAAUAAUUCAUUAUAUUCAAUUCAACUAAUGAAUGAAAUAAUCAAAAAGGAAGUGUAAUAAAUAUUGUCUGUAAAAGAAAAAAGGAAAUAAUAAAAAAAAUGUUAGUGAAAAAUCGUUAAAAUAUUGUGGAAAAUUUUUUUUUAUAAACUAUUAAGUAGUGUUGUUAAAAUAUUAAUUAAUUGAGAAAAAUAUACAACAACCAUAUACAACAUACAUACCUAGUAGCAACAAAUUUAAUAGCGGAUAUUGUAGUUUUUUUUUGAUGGUUCUCCUUCAUUUAUAUUGCAAAAGAUCUAUUCUCAAAGAAAUAAAAUAAACAGAUUCCUAGCAAAAUGACUUAGACGUGGCAAGAAUAUAAAAUGCAAAAUGCUAAAACCUUUAAAAGCAACACCAUCAUUUAAUAUGCAUAGGUACAUGACAUAACAGCGACAUCCAAACAACAAACAGCAAUUAUAUGUCCCAUGUAACUCCAACUAGUAUCAGCAGCUGCAAUGGAAAAAUAAAACGCUAAAACUAUACAAAACUAAAUACAUUCCUAAAAUACACGCACACACACACACUCAGACUCACAAAUUAGUCGGAGUAUCGUCCGUUUUGUACUUAUAUUACAAAACUAGUUUUAGCCAAGUUGAGCUAAAAUUCUGUUAGAUUGCAAAAAAAUAAAAUAUAAAAAACAAUAAAAUAAAAUAAGUUACAACAAUUAAAGUGACUGUGUAAAAUUACGAAUAAAAAGUUGAAAACAGAAUACAACAAAGUUAAAAAUAUGACAACGUCACAAACAGAUAUCAACACAAAUUCAAAUAAUACAACAACAACUGCCGGUACAAGUAUCAGCAAUAAUGCAGGAGGCAAUGGCAUUAACGGAGUGGAACGUAGUACCGCUGGUGGUGGCGGUGGCGGUGUUGUAACAACAUCUAAAUCUACUAAUAGCAACAAUGGUUCACAACAUAAUAUUGCAACAAUCAGUGAAGUGGGAAAACGUAAAAAACUAAAAUCACGCAAUACUGCAGCAACAGCAAUACCAACAACAAUACCAGCAAUUGGAGGUGGUAAUAGCGGCUAUACAAAAGAUCAUUUGGAUGCCUGGCUGGAAACAUGUUUGAAGGAUGCCUCAACAACACAAUUAUCAUCUUCAUCGGAAUUUCUCGACUAUAAUCCCACUACUAACAACAAUAUGAUGACAUCAAAUGCAGCCAACUCUGCAGCAGCAGUCGCAGCAAUGUCUGUUAAUAAUUUGAAUCAUAAAAAUAUGUUUUCAAUACCACCACCAUCACAACAACAACAACAGCAGCACCAGCAACAGCAACCUCCAGUUCUUUUUAAUAUGGCCAAUUUAAAUCAACACCAACAGUCGCAACAACAGCAACAGCAGUUUGCAAUGAGAACAAAUCCCAUGAACAAUGGUAGCAACAACAUGCCAAAUAACAAUAGUUUUAAUAAUAUUCCCUUCAGUCAAGGUUUUCAAAGAAACAUGCCAAAUUUUAUGAAAAAUUCUUCAAAUUCCUUUAACCAUCGCUAUUCCAUGAUGUUUCCACCCGUUGGUGGUGGCUAUUAUCCACAAAAUGAUGGCUCACAAGAUUUUGCCAGUUUACCACCCAUGGUCAAUAUUAUGGGCGGCAGUGGCGGUACUUCGUCCGAGCAUGAAAACAAUUCAACUGAUGUUUUAGAUGGCAGUGGUAGUAAUCCCAAUAUUAGUAGAGGUUUUCGAUUCAGUGAUCCUUGUUUGUUGAAUCCCUCGGACAAUGAUUCAAAAUUGAGUGGACAAAAUACACCAGAUCGUCGUAAUAAUUUACCCAAUGACGUGGAUCAAAAUAAUAAAUUCUUUAAUAUAUUAAUGGAACAAAUACAAUUGUUACAUGAAACGAAUACAAAAAUAUGUCGGGAUUUACAUGAAGCUAAAGUUUGUAUUGAAGUUUUAAAGCACGCUCCCAAUUUGGGUAUGAGGCACCGUAGAGAUAGCAUAAGUGGAUUAAGUACCCAUAGUCAACCGAUGGUGUUUGGCAGUGCAUUUGGUACACAAAGUCCAGCGCCAUCAUAUCAUUCAGGUGCCUAUACACCCGGUAUGAUGACCGAUGUUGUGCGUGAGGUUAAAGAUGCGGCACGGGUAAGAGAAGAUGCUCUAUUGAAUCGUGUUAAGGCCAUGGUGGAGGAAAGACAAUGGUCAAUGAAUGAAUCAAAUUUACGCAUGAUGCGCGAUAUAGAAGAAUUAAAGUCACAAGUCCAUCAUUUACGUGUGGAUCGAAAAGAAACCAACAAACGUCUUAAUCAUUUAGAGGCUGAAAAUAAAUACAUGCGCCAAAUGUUAGCCGCUCUUUAUAACAAUCGCAGUGUACCCGACAUUAUUUAUGAAAAUGAAACUUUGAGAACACGCAAAUCUUUUCCCCACUCUCGCCGCACACAACAGACCCCUAUGAAUCUACAUUAUGGUACCAUACAUCAUCAGCCAGCCACAUCCUCAUUAGAUGAACAGGAAGAAGAACCUCUACACAUAGUAGAAACGCCCUCCACUACUUCGACGGCCGAUAUUGCUUCGGUGACGGCCCAGCAAAGACCUCCUUCAGAUCUGCGCAAUUCAUUUUCUAGUUCCGAUGGUGGCAGCAUUAAUGGUGGUAAUACUACGAAUAAGGUUGGUCCUAUUAUGUCCCCACCAAAUUUUGCUUUAGUCUCAUCUCCGGCUGAUGAGAUUAAGCGAAAAAAAGAUAAAUCUAUUAAGAAAAUGUCAUCGGAAGAGGGUGAUAAUGUGGAUAGUGCAGCCGUUGCCACCAUAACACCACAAGAUUUAAGAAGAGAACUUAAGGAAGCUGUGGCCGCUCGCAAAGAUGCGGACGAACGUAUUAUAGCACUUGAGAAUUUGGUUAAAACUCUGCAAGUUAAUACAUCACAUCCCCCAUCCUCCAAGGCCACUGAUAAUCGACUGCAACAGCAACAACACCAAGAAUUAUCAAAUGGUGAUGGUGGAAAUUAUAACAAAUUUGUUGGUGGUAGUAGUAGUAGUAGUGCUGGUGUUGGUAGUGGUGCUGGUGGUGAGGGAAUUAAAAAUACUAAACGUUCCACUACAAGUGCUGCAUCUACCGCUACCGCUAAUUCUAAACAUAAUCAUAAAUUGACAAAACAACAACAACAACAGUAUAGUAAUCAUCAUCAACAACAAAAACAUCAAUAUAGUGGCACAAAUAAUUCUACUACGGCAACAUCAACAUCGGCAGAAUAUUCGCCAGUUAAAUUAAGUGUAGCUGGUCCCAUAACGGAUUUAUAGUUUAAAAAUCCAAAUCCCAAAACUAAAACCAUAAAAAAACGCAAAAAACUGAAUCAAGGACGAGGAAAUAUACGAAUAUCACACUUUUAAAAGCGAACAAUAAUAUAAUUUACGAGAAAUGCAACGAAAUUAAGUAAAAAAAAAAUACAAUUUAAAAGAAUCAAACAAAUGUGUUGAUUGAAAGUGAUUAUGUAGUUAUUAACAUUUAAAAAUAAAUUGGAAUGUUAUUAAUAUUUAUAUUUUCUGUAAUUUGUGUUUAACUCAACUUUAAUAAUUCUUUCUAUAUUUAAAAUGUAACUAAUUUUGUUCAUUAUUUUCAUUUAAAAAAAGUUAUAAAUUCUUUAAAUCAUAAAUAUUUUACAAAAAUAUUGACUAAAAUAAAUUGUCUCUGUGUCAAAGUAUUUAACAUUUAAAUAAAACUACUUUGAGAAAAAGUAUUGCUGUUUUACUCUGUUCUUAAUAUAAAAAUUAAACUAAAUGUAACGUAAUCAAAAUAUUUGAAACUAAGGCCAGUUUAAUUGAUGUGUAGUGUAGUUUAUCGUUAUCGUAUCGAAUAUAUUAAAAAUAGUAAUAGUUAAUUUCGUAUUUUAAAUGAUAUUUCUUAAAAAGUAGAAAGUCAUUCAUAUGCUGUUAAAUUUAUAAAGGUUUACAUUUUUACCAAUUUUAACAUUAAAGUUAUUAUCAUAUAAAAAUAUUUACUAAAAUACACUUCACUAUUAUCAAAUAUUGAUGAAAUAAUAAAAUAUCGAUUUUAUGUAUAUUUUGAAAGGAAUUUUCUAUUUGUUGUCUUUAAAAAUUGUAUAGAAAUAAGAGUGAAUACUUAAAAGUGUAGUUAAUAUUUAAUAAUUUCGGUUUAUUUAAAAAUACAUAUUAUCGCAGCGCCUUCAAAAAGAUCUAUGUAAAAGUAAUUUUAAAGAAAAAAUACGUAUUCGACCAUUUAAAAGCCUUAUUAAUCGUCCCUUUACACGCCAACAAUUCUUCGUGUAAAUUUAUAGGUUUACAAAUUAUUUAAAAAUAUAUUAUUAGCUGUUUAUUAGCUCUACUUAAACGUUGUUAACAAAACACAUAGCUCUUUUUGUAGUAGCUGCCACGAUAUGUUUGCAAAAUAUAUAAGAAAUGUGUAUUGGUUUGUAUUUUAUCAACAAAAAAAAUAGUUAUUAGAAAUGUUCAUUUACUAUAUACAUAUGUAUAAAAAAACAUACAUACAUAUAUUUAUCAUGUAUUAAUUAUAUUUUUAAGUGCCAUUUUAUUAUAAUAAUAAAUAUUCAUCAAUAUUUGUAUUUCAAAUAAAAUA